AUGGGACAGGGUGUAUCAUCAGGUCAAGACAAGAAGAAAAAGAAGGGAGCUAAUCAGAAACCCAAAUAUGAACCUCCAGUUCAAUCUAAAUUCGGACGUAAGAAGAGAAAGGGAGGACCAGCCACAGCAGAAAAAUUACCAUCUGUAUCACCAAGCACACGUUGUAAAUUGAAAUUAUUGAGAAUGGAAAGAAUAAAGGAUCAUUUAUUAUUAGAAGAGGAAUUCGUGACCAAUUCUGAAAUCUUGAAACCAUUUGAAAAGAAGCAAGAAGAAGAGAAGAAACAAUUGGAAGAAAUCAGAGGUAAUCCAUUAAGCAUUGGUACAUUGGAAGAAAUCAUUGAUGAUGAUCAUGCCAUUGUAACAAGUCCUACAAUGCCAGAUUUCUAUGUUUCUAUCCUAUCCUUCGUUGAUAAAGAAUUACUAGAGCCUGGUUGUUCUGUUCUUCUACAUCAUAAGACUAUGUCUAUUGUGGGUGUACUACAGGAUGAUGCAGAUCCAAUGGUUUCAGUAAUGAAAAUUGAUAAAUCACCUACAGAAUCAUAUAGUGAUAUUGGUGGGUUAGAGUCUCAAAUACAAGAAAUUAAGGAAUCCGUUGAAUUACCAUUAACACAUCCAGAAUUAUACGAAGAAAUGGGGAUUAAACCACCAAAGGGUGUUAUCCUUUAUGGUGCCCCAGGUACGGGGAAAACAUUAUUAGCUAAGGCUGUGGCGAAUCAAACUUCUGCAACUUUCUUAAGAAUUGUGGGUUCAGAAUUAAUUCAAAAAUAUCUAGGUGAUGGACCAAGGUUAUGUAGACAAAUCUUUAAAGUUGCCGGAGAACAAGCUCCAAGUAUUAUCUUUAUCGAUGAAAUUGAUGCAAUUGGUACAAAGAGAUAUGAUUCAAACAGUGGUGGUGAAAGAGAAAUUCAAAGAACUAUGUUGGAACUAUUAAAUCAAUUAGAUGGUUUUGAUGAUAGAGGUGAUGUUAAAGUUAUUAUGGCUACAAAUAAAAUUGAGACUUUAGAUCCUGCAUUAAUUAGACCUGGUAGAAUUGAUCGUAAAAUUCUUUUCGAAAAUCCUGAUUUAUCAACAAAGAGGAAGAUUUUGGGGAUUCAUACAUCUAAGAUGAAUCUAAGUAAAGAUGUUGAUUUUGAAACAUUAGUAACGACAAAGGAUGAUCUUUCUGGUGCUGACAUACAAGCAAUGUGUACAGAAGCUGGGUUAUUGGCGCUAAGAGAAAGAAGAAUGCAAGUUACAGGAGAAGAUUUCAAACAAGCUAAGGAACGUGUAAUGAAGAAUAAAGUGGAAGAAAAUUUGGAAGGUCUUUAUUUGUGA